AUGACCUGUGUUUCUUAUACGAUUAAUCCAAUGGUCGCCUCGAUAACAAUUCCGAAGGAGUCAACUAAAGCAGGAUCAGCCAAUGCAACAGUCUCGAGCGACCAACGCAACCGACAAUCGGUGCUUAGGCGCGGGUGCGUCUCUACACCGCAGAAAGAGAGCCCUGCAAUGAAGGCUGUUGCUUGCUCCUCUUCCCUUCCUAUCAACUAUCCUCGAAAUAACCAAGCCUCCCCUUCUCUCUUCAACUACCAGAACUUGAAUGUUUAUGUCGUUGGCAAUGUGGGCCACCCAAAGGCCCAAAUUGUCCGUGUUGUCCACAUUUCCGAUACUCGGGGUGUAGGCGAUUACUAUGCUAAAGGCUUGCCUAAUGGCCACAUAUUAAUUCAUUCAGGUGACUUCUUAGACGGUCCACCUUUGCGUCAUCGGACGCCUCUGCGUCGGGGCUACUUUAGGAAGUCGCGAACAGAGGGCAAAUUUUCACCAUCUACUUCCGCCUCCUCAUUCUCCUCCCCUUCCACUGAGGAGUGCGUAUGGAAAGCUAAACUUCAAUCUAUAAACGAGUUUUUCCGCCAUCAGCCCCAUCCCUACAAAAUAUUUGUUUCGGGAUGCUGGGAUUACCUUGGUCCGGAGCGACCUUCAGCUGCCCAGAUCCAAAAGUGUCUCCCCUCUGCCAUUUACCUGGAAGAUGCGGCAUGUGAAAUCCUCGGUCUCAAGGUAUAUGGAAUUCCUUGGACCUCAGCAGACGAUUUAAGGCCCGAGGACGGAAAAUCACACUUCACGUCAUCUAUCGGAACCUCUAACGUGAAGACAAUACUGCCUCAGUGGUUAUUACGAUCCUCUAUGUCCUGGUCUCGAAGCCGUCGGCAGACUAGGAGACAAAGGUGUCUCUCUUCGUGCACUGGAGCCUCUGAGACCUCGACAACAGCGGCACAGGCAAGGACGAGGGAAAUGGUGGUAAUCAGAGGGAGGUCAAAUGUUUGGCCUGCUUAUCACAGCCCUGACGCCAGUAACGGCAGCUGUUCGUCCUCGACAAAUGCUAAGGCAGGUGCCUGUGAAUCUGGGUCCUCUUCCAGUUCAUCCUCCUGUUCUUCAUCCGCUUCCUCCUUAUCCUCUGCCUCUGCGUCUGCCCUCUGCGAUGGUUUCAUCCUUCCCGAUAUUAAAGCGGUGGAAGAGCGUUAUGCUCGGGUGCCCUCUGAUACGAAUAUCAUCGUUUCUCACAUGCCGGCCUGGCGACCAGAGCUAUACACGCACGUGGUCGACAGAAUACAUUGGUGUGUAGGUAUGUCUGCGUGCGCAAGUGUGAAUCAUUUCCUUGUAUUUCUUCGCCAUUUUCCUUCCUCCUCCCUCACCACCGCAAUGACGAAUCGUGCUCCUGCCGGCUGUCUUUACAACUCCCAAGGCGGUGUGCCACUCCUCAUCGCAUUCACGUGA